AUGGCUCCAAGACCACAAGUGGGGACAGAGUCCUCCCCUGAUCUCGACGACAAAGCUUCGACUAAAGAUGCCGCCAUCCUGCCGGCUUACUCCACCGCGGUGCUGGUCAAUAAGGAACCAGAGGAAGAAGAAGACCCCUGGGAACUCCCAGAGCUCAAAGACACAGGGGUCAAGUGGGCAGAGCUGGAUACAAAAGGAAAGAUUAUGAGAGUGGUGACUUCUAUUGUGAAGCUGGUUCUGCUGCUUGGGUUUCUCUACUUGUUCAUCUGCUCACUGGAUGUUAUGAGCUCUGCUUUCCAGCUAGUUGGAGGAAAAGCUGCUGGUGACAUCUUCCAGGACAAUGUUGUGUUGUCCAACCCUGUGGCUGGCCUGGUCAUCGGUGUGUUAGUCACAGUGCUCGUGCAGAGCUCCAGCACCUCCUCUUCUAUUGUGGUCAGCAUGGUGUCCUCUGGAUUGCUGGAAGUGGAGUCUGCAGUGCCGAUCAUCAUGGGAGCCAACAUAGGAACAUCUGUCACCAACACUAUUGUGGCUAUGAUGCAGGCAGCAGAUCGAAAUGAGUUCCGCAGGGCAUUUGCAGGUGCCACAGUCCACGACUUCUUCAACUGGCUGUCUGUGCUGGUUCUUCUGCCCCUGGAAGUUGCCACCAGGGGUCUGUACAGACUCACCCUACUUGUGAUCCAAUCAUUCAACAUCCAGAGCGGAGAGGAUGCCCCCGACCUGCUCAACGUCAUCACAGACCCCCUCACAGACUCUAUCAUCGAGCUGGACAAAUCUGUUAUCACCGGCAUUGCCACUAAUGACCCAGAAGCCAGGAACAAGAGUAUGAUCAAAAGAUGGUGCAAAACAGAGAUAAACGUGACUUUCUGGAAUGAGACACUGGAGAACUGCGCUCCCCCUUCUGUCUGCAUAGUCGAGAAGAACAUGACUUGGGUAGACAACAUAGAGAAAUGCAAACACAUCUUCGUCAAUGUGGACUUGCCAGACCUGGCAGUGGGCCUCAUCCUCUUGGCUCUGUCUUUGUUAGUCCUCUGCUCCUGCCUCGUCCUCAUUGUCAAGCUGCUCAACUCCAUGCUCAAGGGACAGGUGGCUGUGGUCAUCAAGAAGGUGCUCAACACAGACUUCCCCUUCCCCUUCGGUUGGGUUACUGGAUAUAUUGCAAUUGUGGUGGGUGCAGGGAUGACCUUCAUUGUUCAGAGUAGCUCCGUCUUCACCUCAGCUAUAACACCACUUGUCGGUAUUGGUGUCAUUAGCCUUGAAAGAGCUUAUCCUCUGACCCUGGGGUCCAAUAUUGGUACGACAACCACUGCUAUACUUGCUGCAAUGGCCAGCCCUGGAGAAACGUUGGCCAACUCCUUGCAGAUUGCCCUUUGCCACUUCUUCUUCAACAUCAUGGGCAUCCUAUUGUGGUACCCAAUUCCCUUCAUGCGGGUGCCCAUCAGGUUGGCCAGAGGGCUCGGCAACCGAACCGCCAAAUAUCGCUGGUUUGCUGCCCUCUACCUCAUCCUGUGCUUCUUGGUUUUACCUCUGUCUAUAUUGGGUCUGUCGCUGGCAGGCUGGAAAGUCAUGGUUGGUGUCGGCGUGCCAAUCGUUGCUCUAGCUGUCUUUGUGAUUAUCGUCAAUGUGAUGCAGUCCCGCUGCCCCCGCUUCCUGCCCAGGGUCCUGCGCAACUGGAACUUCUUGCCACGGCCCCUGCACUCCAUGGCACCUUGGGACAGAGCGGUAACCUCGUCCUUUGCCUUCUGUGGUAGACACUGCUGCUGCUGCUGCAACUGCAAAUGCUGCCAUUGCUGCCAAAAAGAGGAGGAGGAGGAUGAAAAGAUCAGGAGCAACAGCAUGAAGAGCCUGGAGAUGUACGAUAAUCCGGCCUUGUCUAAAGACGAAGAUCCGGAGUACGUUAAAGCAACACAUCUUUAAUAUUAUUAAGUUAAAUUUGUACCUGUAAGCAAGGCUAAAUGCAAUAAUGUACUUGUAGCACACUUGUAAUUGCUCAUCA